GGAUUAAAGUUUAUCAUUAUUUAAAUGAAUAUGCAAAUUGGUUAACUAAAAUGUUGCAAAAAUGUAGUUUCUCAUUGAAUUAAUUGGAUGGAUAUGCAAAUUAGCAAGAUUGAGGAGGAGCUUACAAAUAUAACAUACAAUGUAUUAUGUUCGGAUCGUGUGACACAGAUGACUAAAACGUACAAUGAUAUAGAAGCUGUAACUAGACUAUUGGAAGAGGGAGGGGGGUGUGUGGAAUCACAGAUAUAUUAUACAAGCUCCAUGAUAGAAUUAAUCAAGAAGAAACAGCAGAAUUGGGAGUCUCAGGAUUUUGAAAAUCCUAGUGAGGACCCUGAUUAUUUCUACUGGCCAAUUUUGUUUUGUUUCUUCAUUGAAAGCCACACUAAGAAAAGCCGUCAUUUUGACAUUCACCCAGAAAAGAACGAAGAGUUAGAACAAUUGAUCACUCAAGCUAAUGAGCGAAUAAAUCAGUUGAAGCAUGACUUGUCGAUGAAAGAUGAGCUUCUUAAAAUAUAUACGCAAAACUACGAGGGUGUGGACUCCAGUUCACCGGACUCACCGGAUGGGAAAACAGUGCCAGGGUUGCAGAAAAAGAUUCAGAGUUUAGAAGAUGAGAAUCUCCAGUUACAUUUAGAGACGUUUAAAGCUAAGGGGUUGGGCCCGACGGGCUGGGAAAAAAAGGGAAAACAAAUUUGGGGCAAUGAUGUGUACAACCAAUUUGAGGAUGUUCAUGGCCAGCUUUCCCAGUUGUCGAGAGAGUUGGUGGAGAAGUCAGAAGAAUGUUGUUCACAGAAAGAAGAGAUCACAAACCUCUUACACCAAAUUGUUACGCUGCAGAAAAAAGUCCGCACUCUUACUGCUGAUAAUAUGGACCUACAGAAAACCUUGGAGGCUGCAUACGACUCACAGAAUUAUCUUACGAGAGAGAUUGCUGACUUAAAAGAGAAAAAUGAGGAAAUUUUGGCUCUUCUUGAAGAAACGCAGGAAGAGUUACGAAGGUUCCGAAGCAAAGAGCGACCAAGCGUGAUGCGACAUAGCUUCAUGUCUCCAAUGUUUAACUCGACAGGAGAGUCACUGGCAUCUGAGUUAGAGAACUCCAUGCGAAGUGAGGUCGACUAUCCCAAGGGCUACUCGUCCAUGGAAAGAAAGAAGCAUACAUGGAAGGUAUUUGAAACUGCUAAAGCUGCCAAAUCACCUGCUCGCCAUGGAUCUGGUUCCUCCUGUGCUACAAGCAUGCUGGGAGCCAGCCUAGCUGACAAUGAUGACUCACGAUCUGUGUCCCAGAGAAGCUCUAUGUACUUCAGUGAUACAGAGUCCGCUGUCAGUGAAAACUGUACUGGUGAACUUGAAUCUCUUUAUGGUGCCACACCGUCUCGUUACGGUAAGCCUGGUAUCCCAGGCUCCAACGACUUGCACACAGCUCUACGGCGCCUCUCAAUGAGGCGAGCCAAUGAGAUAAAUGAAAUGGACUAUGCUAAAGAAGAAAGGGAGAGGCAAGAACGGGAGCAGAAACAAAGGGAAAGAAGAGUGAUACUGAGAAUCGGCGACACGCAGGUUCGGUGCCGGACACCCGAACAAGCAGAAUGUUUGCCGGCCAAUCAGUUGAGUUUCGGUUACAUGUCGAUGACGGGAAGCAGUACAAACCCUCAUUACAAGAUGCCAGAAAAACUUCAGAUCAUUAAACCUCUGGAAGGUAGGCUUGAACAUUGUUGUAACGUUGCCAAAUCAUCAGAAUUAAUGAGUGACUUAAGAAAUAUAGAUGUUUGUACAAGUGAUGUGGACACUGAUUCUGUGACAACUGUUGUGGAAGAAGAAAUCACCUCUUCUUUUACCUCAUCAUCACCACGGAUGGCAUUAGGUCGUGUAGCCGAGAAUCAUGGUACCAGCACAUUCAGUAUGUCACUGGGGCUUGCGUCCAUUCUCAACGAGCGUGAUUUAAAGGAAGAAAGUCAGCCAGGAAUCAGACAUCAUAAUGUUAGUUCUAAUCCCGCACGAUUCCCGAGUCUUAGUAGUGAUCAGCAUUUUAAGGCUGGACAUACUUCAACGCCAUUAACGACCUUGACCCUACCAACAAACUCUUAUAAACUUAUACCCUCACCAGUAACCUUACCGCAAAGGUCAGAAAGAAGUUUUGAUGGUUCAGUAUCAUCAUGGCAAGGGAUCUCAAGUACAUUAGGGUCACAAAGGUCAAAUAGUGUUUUUAGUUCACCGGGUCAGCAGGGGUCAGUACUUAGUACCAAUGCAAAUGGUACUGAAAAUGCAAACUCAGACUCAAAUAGACUGAAAGUGAUAAAUAAACUGAAGACUACAGGGUUUUCACUUUACGGAUAUAUUACUGGAGCAGUGCCCGUAAAUGCAUCAGGGGAAGAUAACUCUAGACCGAGUUCACUUCCUUUACCUACAGUGACGACAGCAGGUGCCACUGCUUUAAAUUCAGUUGCCACGGUAACAGAAAGUGUUACAACAUUGACAACUGUUACUGAUAAUGUAGAUAUUGACAGUAUGGUUACCAUGGCAACUACAACAGCUGAGUCACGAAGAAAAUCGCAUUUAUCAUCAAUUUUGGCGCGGAAAACUGCUGGGGGGGUUAUUGGGGCCUUGACAAAGUGGCAUAAAGAUGGGUCAUUAUGAUGAGUAAUGAAUAAUAAAUAAAA